UUAGUGUUCCGUUGCGUUGGCAGAAUGGAGUGUCAACAAUCAACAGUCCAUUCUCAAUUUUGGCGGGAGGUCGCUCGUCUAUUUUGUGCUUAUUUAACCAUCUACGCUGUGACUACUGCAGAAACUAUGGUGUGACUGCCAUGUCCUUAACUUGGAAGGUGACUGUGUAGUGCCUUGACCGCUCCCCUGCCAUCCUUCUCCUUGUUGUUGCCACCAUGGUCAAAUCAAAGGCUUCAAAGUCGGUGCAGCCACACAACCAGAAGAAAAUCACCUCAUUCUUCAGUUGUGUUCCCCUGAAGCGGGAACCAGAUCACAACGGUGGGGUCUCGCCCGAUCCUAAGCGUUCAAACAGCAGCACCGCCACCGCCGCAACAUCAGGCGGGGAACAGAACCUUGAACCCUGCACUAAGAACCUCUCUCAAAGGCUUGGCUCUGGCCCCUCAAAGCUGAGUCUUGGGCGACCGAGGAGUGUGCUGAAGGAGAAAAGUCAAGUGUGUUCUGAUGACUCGGAUGUCGUCUUUGUGGGUGACGGAGGGACUCGGACUCAGACCAAGAAAAGCUCCCCUGCUGCUGCCCCUAAAACCAAGUCAGGGAAGGAAAUGCGAGGCAAAGGAAAGAGGAAGGGAUCGGAGAAUGUUCCUGGGAGAGGCAGCAUUGCCAGUCUGUUCAAACUGAGGCUAGGAAGUGAGUCAAAGCUAGGGAGUGGGAAACCGACACACAGAAAGGUGGUGGAAGUAUAUUUGUCUGAUUCCUCUGCAGAUGAUGCGGGAGACGAUGACAAGUUAAACAGAGCAAGGAAAGAGGAAGAGGAGGAGGAGGAAGAAGAUGAAUUUCCUGACUCCACUCCGGAUUUACGCGAUAAGUAUGACUGCGGAAAGUUAAUCAUAGGCAAGGCUGAGGGAGAGUUCACAUCUGACUCUGAAGGCUCACCCGAGAAGCUUCAAAAAAUAAAUAAAGCGAAAGAGGAAAAAGACUUGUUCAUGACAUUGGACUCUGAGGAUUUGUGCACCAACGAGGCAGUGAAAACAACCACAAAAGGGGAGGAGGUAAAAAAGGUCUUAACAUCCCCCCGACAUGGAGUUUCGGGUAUUAAUAGAUUAGGAAAAACAAGGAAAAUAGAGGAGGAAGAGGACACAAUUGAGGCACUGAUGUUGAUUGACAAGGAGGACACAUGCACCAGGAUUGAGUCUGGAAAAGUUAGCAAGGAAAAAGCUGAGGAGGAGAGAGCCUUCAUAUUAUCUGAUCUCUCGGAAGACUUGUUUGACAGCCCACAGAAAAAUAAGGACAGAUUGAGUCACAGAAAAAUACAGAAGUCACUGAAGAGGGCGGACAAGAUUGGGACAGCGACAGACACCACAAAACAGGAAUCAGACAGUGGCACCAGCAGCGAGGACGAGAGUACCCCAGACUUCCUCGCGUGCUCCCAGGGCUUCCACCUCAAGGGGAAGGACGAGACCGACAGAACCUCAAAGAAAUCGAAUAAACCCCAAAACAUAUUAAAGUUACAAAUGGAGGAAAUCUUUUAUGAUGAAUCUCUGGGAAUGCAAUCACAAGAGGAGAGCAUUGAGCUGUUUCCUGAAGUGACGGCAGCCCUCCGAGAAGCGAACACCAGAAACAAGACACAAGAGGCUGCAAAUGACAUUCUUGAAGACUCACCGAUGAUGGAACUUACUCAAAAGGCCACGAGUGAUGUCCCCAGUAACUCAGAGGAUGCCAGGCUUAAAGAAAGUCUGCCUGGCACUCUGAGGAUGAAAAUCAAUGGGAAUGGCACCCUUGGCACUCCUGAGGUUGAUGGGGAUGACACUCCUGCUUCGCCCAGCUUUAAGAUCGACUGGAAUGGCACCCCAGAGAAGAAACAUAAAGGUGCCAACUCUCCAGGCACUCUCAAACUCAAUGGGGAUGAUGCACCAAUAGAUAAACUAAACCACGGUGGCACUCCCAUGGAUGUCGUGAGUAGUGAUGACUCUCCUGAAGCUGAAAUUAAUGGUGAUGAUAUUUCAUGCACCCCUGACGGUAUAAUGGGUGGUGACGGCCUUAUGGAAGCUAAAAUUGAUGAUGAUGAAAUUCCAAGCACCCCUGACGGUAUUGUGAAUGGUGACGCUGUUUCAUGCACCCCUGACGGUAUUGUGAAUGGUGAUGGUCUUACGGAAGCUAAAAUUGGUGACGCUAUUUCAUGCACCCCUGAUGGUAUAAUGGAUGGUGACGGUCUUACGGAAGCUAAAAUUAAUGGUGAUGAAAUUCCAAGCACUCCUGAUGGUAUUAUGAAUGGUGACGGUCUUACGGAAGCUAGAAUAGAUGGUGAUGAAAUUCCAUGCACUCCUGACGGUAUUGUGGAUGGUGACGGCCUAAGGGAAAUGAAAGUGAAUGGGGAGGACACUGCAGAAAGUAAAAUGAAUAGUGAUAACAUUCCUGGCACUCCCAUUAGUGAAACUGAUGGUGGUGGCACUAUAGAAAGUAAAAUUAAAAGCUACAACAUCCCUGGCACUCCCAAUGGUAAAACUAAGGGUGGUGGCACUGUAGAGGCUAAAAUUGAUAACAUUCCUGGCACUCCCAAGGGUAACAUCAAUGGUGGUGGCUCUCCAGAAAGUAAAAUAAAAAGCGAUAACAUUCCUGGCACUCCCAAUGGUAAAAUCAAUGGUGGUGGCACUCCAGAAAGUAAAGUUAAUGUUGGCACUCUUGGCACUCACUCGAACACACCAAGAACCCCCAAGAACAAGGGUGCCAAGGGGGAGGCGACAGGGAAGCUCUCACGCCAGGAGGAGAUGGACUGCCUCAACAUUCUCGAGAUGUUUGAGGAGAUGUCGCCCUUCAAGCAGAAACCCUCGGAAAGCCGCACCGUCCCCAGGCUGCUGAGAGAUGACCCAACGGUGAGGAAGUUUUUAGCCGAGGGUGGGCAGGGUGAGGAGACGUACGCGGCCCAGGGUAACUUUGGGCGGCACCUGGUGUUGGCGGUGGAGCGGGACACAGCGAGCCGAAAGACCGAGCUGGAACUUGUGUCGCCCGAGAAUGUUAGGAGGACCUGCACCCUGGCCGGCAUGUGGUCAGACACAGUGAUUCGCGAUGGAGACAUUAUCCACAUUCUCCUCACUGAUCCUGUCGACAACCACUACCACAUUGACAAUAACCAGGGCCUGGUGGUGGUUCAUCCUGACCUCCUGCUCUCCAGCACCACCGUGGUGUCCGGUGUAUUCUGCCGCCGCCGCGCCGUGCUGUCACACUGGCACCGCGAGACAGACUCCAACAUGGUCAUGCUGGUUGGCACCCUGGUGCACGAGCUCUUCCAGGAGGCCGUGGUGGACGCAGCAAAGGGGGGGCUGGGGCAGCUCACGGAGGGGAAGUUAAGGACGAUGAUUGACCGCCUUGUUUGCCGUAGAAAUGUUUUCCGGGACCUGUACUGCCUGGGCCGCACGCUGCAGGCCCUGAAGGAGGAGAUGGUCGGCUUCAUCCCGCGUGUGCAGGCCUGGUGCCACCGCUACCUGGGCCGGGGCAGGCAGGGGAUGGCCGGGGGGUCGUACAAGUGGCCUGGGAAGGUGGUGGCCGUGCAGGACGUGGAGGAGAAUAUCUGGUCACCGCGGUUUGGCCUCAAGGGUAAAAUAGACAUGGUGGUGCGUGUGGAGGGGCCGGGGGGUCCGGCCACCCUCCCUCUGGAGUUGAAGACCGGCCGGGCAAGCUUUUCAGCCGACCACCGUGGCCAGCUGGCCCUGUAUGCCAUGAUGGCCUCAGAUCGCCGGCCAGACCCCGGGGUUGGGCUGCUCCUGUACCUGCGUGAAGGGGCCAUGGAAGGGGUGACGGCCCCGGCCAGGGAGCGCCGGGACCUCCUGUGCCUCAGGAACGAGCUGGCACAACACCUGACAAGCCGCCCCGAGGUCACCGGUGAGGUGGAGCCGCCCCCCCUGCUCCUGCCCCCCCCUAUCGACCAUGAGCGGGGGUGCCAGAAGUGCCCCCACCUGGUGACCUGUGCCACCCACCAGGUGCUGAGGGGCGAGGUGCCCCCCGACCCCCACCCCAUGGCCAGCCUGGUGCCCCAGCACACGGCCCACCUGUCCCCGCAGCACCUGGAGUAUUUCCGCCACUGGUGCCUCCUGAUGCAGCUGGAGGCGGGGGAGGAGCUGGGGGGCGGCCGGGCGCUGUGGUGCCGUGGGCCCGUCCACCGGGAAGGGAAGGGUGAGUGCCUGGCCUGGCUGGUGGUGGCGUCCCCGCCCCCGGUGGAGGUGCAGCCUGGAGCUUUCCUGCACACCCUUGUCAGGGGGUCCCGCCACCCCGGCCCUGCCCCACCCCUGGCCAGCGUGGGACUGCACACUGGGGACAUGGUGGUGGCCUCCUCCACCACGGCGCUGGCCCUGGCCGCCGGCACCAUCCAGGGGUUCAGCGGCGGUGCGGUGCUGGUGGAGCUGGAGCGCCCGCUGCCGGCCGGCCCCGCCCACCACUAUCACCUUGACCUCUUCCAGUAUGCCAACUCCUGCCGGGUGCCCAUGCUGAGCCUGGGCCGCCUGAUGCUGCCAGAGCCACGGUCUGAGGCACUGCGCCGCCUUGUAGUGGACAGGGCUGCCCCAACCUUCAGGAAGCGCCUGCCCCGUAAGGUGCUGGACAGUGCCCCGCUGAUGAAGCACCUCAACACGGAGCAGCGCCGGGCAGUGCUGAGCGCAGCGUCGGCAGAAGACUUCCUGCUGGUGGAGGGCUUCCCCGGCACGGGCAAGUCCUCCACCGUGGCCGCCCUGGUGCAGGUGCUGCUGCUGCUGGGCCGCUCAGUGCUGCUCACGGCCUACACCAACUCAGCGCUGGACAGUCUGCUGCUCAAGCUGCACGCCAAGAAGGUGGACUUCAUGCGGCUGGGCCGGGCGCACCGCAUCCAUCCUGACCUGGCCGGACACACGGAGGAGGCACGAACGGGCCAGGUGACCAGCGUGGAGCAGCUGGCCGAGGCGUACGACAGCCAGCGCGUGGUGGCGGCCACCUGCCUGGGCCUGACACACGCCCUCUUCACACGCUGCAGCUUUGACGUCUGCAUCCUGGACGAGGCGGCCCAGGUCCUGCAGGCCACGGCCCUCGCCCCGCUCUUCCUCAGCUCCUCCUUUGUGCUGGUCGGUGACGCCCACCAGCUGCCGCCGCUCAUCCGCAGCAGCCAGGCCACCCUCUGGGGCAUGGCAGAGACCAUGUUUGAGCGCCUGCAGUGCCCUGAGGCCACCAUCACCCUCAGCGUCCAGUACCGCAUGAAUGGCCCCAUCAUGGCCCUGGCCAACACCCUCACCUACCAGGGCUUGCUCAGGUGUGGCUCCCAGGACCUUAAGACUGCCACACCUGCCCUGCCACACUACCAGGCCCUAGUGGAGGCGGGAGAGGUGUCGCCGUGGCUGCAGCGAGUGGUGGCGCCAACCCUGGAGGCGUCGGUGGUGAUGGUGGACACAGCGGGCCAGGCGGGGGAGAGCCAGGCCUCGGGGAAGACACUGGCCAAUCAGAGAGAGGCUUGGCUCAGUGUUAUGGUGGUGAAAGCACUGCUGAAGGCUGGGUUGAGCGCUGACGACGUGGGAAUCAUUGCGCCAUACCGAGGACAGGUCAGGCUGGUGAAGGCAAUGCUGGAAAAGGACACGAAGGAGGAGGAGAAGGGAGAGAGGAAGGAGAAGGAGGGCCAGGGCAGCAGCAGCAAGGUUGAGGUGAACACAGUGGACCAGUACCAGGGGAGGGACAAGACCGUGAUCAUCUGUACCUUUGUGCGCUGCGGGAACACUGAUGCAAAGGCUUCAGGUAUCCUAACAGACCGCAGGAGACUAAAUGUUGCCCUGACACGAGCUAAGCGAAAACUGAUCCUCAUAGGCGAUGUGACCACCCUCAGCCACUACCACCCCUUCUCCUGCCUCCUGAAUGCCCUCACGCCCCAGCAAGUGUACAAGCUGGCCCCAGGAACGGAUGGAUUCAGCUGGAAGGAGGAGGAGGUUCAGGACGCGUAGGAAAGGCUUUGUUGUGGUUCUCGUAAGACUGAUGGUUUUGUGAGAAGCAAGAAGGAUGUGAAAGGAUGAAAGUUGAAGAUAAAUGAACCACAAAAAUCUUGCAAGGAUCGAUAGAAAUACUAGAAGAAAGAACGAUUUAAAACGAUGAAGAAAAGGCCAUAAUAUCAUUCUUGCAAAGGUUGUUUUCUGGGAGAAGUUGAAGAUAAAAGGGCCAGAAAAAAUAGUGAAGGAAUGAACAAGAGUAUUAGAAGAAGUUGUAGAAGAAAAGGUUGAAUUUGAAAAGGAUGAAGAGGUUAUACUUGUGGUUCUUCUUUGUUUAUUCUACAAGAAGGUGGAGAUAAAGGGAGCCAGAAAACAAUAAUGAAAGAGUGGAUAGAAGUAGCUGAAAAAGAAGUAGUAGAAGAAAUAAUUAUGUAAAAAAAUGAAGAGAAGAUUAUUUUAUUAGUUUGUCUUUUUUAUGGGAUAAGUUUGAGAUGAAAGAACCAGAAGAAAAAAAUAAUGAAAGAAUUGACAAGUAGGAGAAAGUACAGUUUAAAAGAAUGAAAAAAAUGGUUGUAUUAUGUUAAAAGGGCCUGAAAAAAAAUAGUGAAGCAAUGGACAAGAGUAUUAGAAGAAGUUGUAGAAAAAAGAUGAAUUUAACAAGGAUGAAGAAAAGGAUAAGUUUG